GGAAGUAAAUAUACAGUUUCAAAAUGGCGUCCGGUGGGAGUGAAGACACAUCGGAUGAGAUUUUCAAUUUUAAAUGUUCACCUUGUCUGGCUAAUAAACGGAAUAAAGAAGCUGUGAAAUAUUGCGUGGAAUGUCAAGGAUAUUAUUGUCAGUCUUGUGCUGAUAUAACUCAUAUGAUUCCUGGUUUAAAAGGUCACACGCUUUUGGAUAACUCAAACUAUAAGUCUCCAGGCCUCCAAGCAGGAUUACCAGUAGUACCGACGGAAAGAUGUUGCAUUCAUGAGACAAAGAUCGUGGACAUGUACUGUGGUAUUCAUGAUGAGGUUGGUUGUACAACAUGCAUGGCUUUAAACCACAGGUCUUGUGCUGAUGUGCAAUCCAUUCCAGAUAUUGUCGACAGUAAAUUUCAAACGACAGAUGUUGACAAAGUACACCAAAAGAUGCAAGACUUGAAAAUAAUGAUGGAGAAAAUUAUGAACACUAGACAAAGACUGAUAGAAGGCUUAAAGUAUUCUAAGAAGGAAGCAGUAAUAGCGAUUAAGGACCUUCGAAAAGAAAUGGAAACAAUUCUUGAACAACUAGAAAAGGAAUCGAUUAAAGAAUUAGAGAUGAAAUUCAUAAAAGAAGAGUCGAAACUGCUGGAAGAGAAGAAGAAAGCAGAAACUGAAUUAGAUUGUCUGAAACAAGCAGUGAACGACUUGAAGAAAUCAGAAGGAAACAAAGCUCAACAAUUUGUCUCCAUGAAAAUGUCAUUGAAAAGUAUCACUAAAAUGGAAGACGUAUCUAGUUCAUUGCAAACAAGUAUUGAUGCAAAUAUAUCCUUAAGCUUUGAUCCUGCUAUACUGGAAUUUCUACAGCAGUUGAAAACUUUUGGAUCGGUCCGACAUGUGUCUACCACUGAUUUAAGAUCACCAAGGACAACCGUCUAUUCUGUUAAAAGAAUCGAGAAUUUAAACAUCAGAGUCCAGAAUGAGAACAAAAAAUGUUGUGUGUAUGGGUCCUGUCUUACAGAAGAUGGGUCACUACUGAUAGCUGAUUGUAACAAUAAUAAGAUUAAACGUGCAGAUAUUGUAAAAAUGUCAGUGACAAGUUAUUGUUGUGUUCCUGCUGGACCUUAUGGCAUUUGCUGUACAAGUAAAAGUGAAGCUGCAGUCUGUCUGAACAUUAAAACAAUUCAGUUUGUCUCCCUUGGCAAGCAGAUGACAACCACUCGUCAGAUAAAGGUGAAUCAUAUUUGCUUUGGUAUUGCUUAUAAGGAUGAUAAACUAUACAUAACUGACACCGGGAUAUCGUUAUACAUACACGAUAUGACAGGCAACAUACUACAGACGGUAACUCGAGACAAUGUCGGGCAAAUUUUGUUCUCAUACCCUCGAACUGUUGCUUUCAGUGAUAUUGAUGAUAAAGUGUUUGUUGCUAGCUGGAUUAAAGGCCUAGUUAUUAUUGAUGGACAUGAGAAGAACUGUCAGACCUUCACUGAUUCAGAGUUAAACGUAGCGUCUGGAGUUUGUACAGAUCGUAGAGGAAAUCUGUUUGUAUCUGGGUAUAGUUCAAAUAACGUGAUACAGAUUGGGAGAGAUGGGAAGAAAAUGGGCGUGGUCGUUAACUCAUCAGAUGGACUUGUCAAACCAGAAUCAAUUUGUUUUGACACAAGACAAUGCAAAUUACUAAUUACCCAACGCGACAACGAUACUAUCAAAGUCAUCUCUUUGCAUUAAAGUGGAUUUAUAUUUCGAUAUUUUGCAUGCCAUGUAUAAGCAUGUAAUGCUUUUUUCUUGUACUGCAUUUUGCGCGAUUUGCAUCUAAUAAAAGAACGGUUUUAACCUGAA